UCUGUUUUGCCAAAUCACCAUCGACAGAUGUAGUAUUCAACAACACGUGCAGAUAAUAAAAGUUUCAUCAAAAUGGAUGAUGGAACUGCAACUCUUUGAACAGAUGGAAGAGGUUAACCAAAUUUUGGAACACGUUCUUGCCGACAUGAUAAACGCUUUCAUCGAAGAAGCUCAGGCAGUUUUUGCUUCUAGGUAUUUAACACAGGCCAACAUGGGAGAAAUUACGGUACCAGAUGUCCUAAAAUCAAUAAUGUCGGACAAGGAAGCUUUGAACAAUGCCAUCGCUACCACCCAUCAUGCUCAUUUGCAAAUCAUUGAUAACAGAGAGGAUAAUCUAGUUGAACGGGUUAAACACUGGUUGGAAACCUUCACCAAGAACUUGACCAAAGACGAAAUCAAGAGGAACAGAGACAAGUUUCUUGAAAUCAACCAUUUUCUGGAUAUCCAAAGAGAAGAAUUUGAUGAACUAGCCGGGGACAACUACUUAAAAAUCGGAGCUGAAGAUAGUUUUCAAUAAAUAAAAUAUAUUACA